AUGUGCCAGAUCAUGGAUAGAAGUGAAUAUGCAGUAAAUCGAGAAGCCAUCUAUAAAUACUUCCAAGGCGUGACCCUCCGCUAUGUUCCAGAAAACUCCCAAGACAAAAUUAUCACAGAUAAAGAUGUCUUUGUGACACUACUGAAAGUCUUUGAAGCUCUGUUCAUAAAUGACUUGAGCAAACAAGCCCACGUCUUGGCCUUAUGUCCUGAAAUUGGACAUAAAUACCUAGGACUGCCGACUCCUGAGCUGGGUAGACCCCGUGUGCAUGCACAGAGCCGUCGGUGCCAGCGCAUGUGCAGCCCUGGGGAGGUUCUCUUUAACACACUAGGGUUCAGCAUUGCUCGAGACCAAAGCUCGCUGCUAUCUGCUGGAACCGGCGUCUUCAUUUCCAAAGGUUUUGUGCCAAAGGGGACCGUUGUGUCUAUGUAUCCAGGUACAGUGUACAGAAAAUAUGAACCCAUCUUUUUCCAGUCCCUUGGCAAUCCCUUUAUUUUUAGGUGCAUAGAUGGUGUUCUUAUAGAUGGGAACGACAAAGGGCUGUCCAGAGCAGUAUACAGGUUGGUGCUCCCAAGUCUGAGAGCGGGAAGCUUUCACAACAAGCCUAAGGCUGGCCUGUGCUUGACUGUUCCAGCUCCCAUUGAAAUGAUGGGUGGCAGCAGCAGCAGCCCCUGUGCGGGAGGGCCCGCGGCUCGGGUCAGCGCUGCCGUAGGGCAGUACGUGAACAACUGCUCGCGGGAAAAAGAUGCCAAUGUCUGUUACCAGGAGUUUGAUGUGCCAGAAUCUUUUCCAGUAGAACUGAAACAGUAUCUUCCAAACAUCGUCUACAGCCACGACAUACAGAGCCACCUGAGGUGUGUAGUGCUUGUUACACUCAGAGACAUCCAGCAAGGAGAAGAACUUUUUUCCAAUUACUUCACUGUUGUUAACUGA